ACACUAGGCUGAAUCCUCCACUGUCACAUGGGGAAGAAUGGGAGAUGUUUUGCAUGAGAGACUCUUAUAAAAUGCCAGCUUAACUUGUCAAAGACUAGAAGAAGUUCCGAUGACUCAGAGGUCCUUUUUAAAAACAGACAUUUUUCCUUAGUGUGCUCUACAUACCAUAUCAAUGAUGGGGAGAAUCAUAUUCCAACUUCUGUCUCUCACAGAUGUUUUCCUCCUCGUCCUGUCUGUACCUUAUAAAUACCACCUAGUCCAACAGGGGAAAAAUUGGAGUGAUGCUCAGACUUACUGCCGAGACAACUACAUUGACCUGGCUACUGUUGAAGGCAAUGACGACAUGAUUAAGUUUCAAAAUGAGGCACAGAAACAACAAUUCUCUUCCAGCGCUUGGAUUGGCCUGUACAAUGAACCUAAUAGCUGGCGCUGGUCCAUGGACAAUCAACCACUAGGAAGUUUCACAGUUUGGUGUCCCGGAGAGCCUAACAACCUAAUGGAAGGUUGUGGUGCUUUAAAUCAGUGGUGUUGGUUUGAUGCAUCAUGUACCACUCCACUUCCCUUUGUUUGCUUUGAUGUCGGAAACACUGGGCCCAGCAGAUACAUUCUUAUUUCUACUUCUAUGGUAUUUCAUGAUGCUCAGACAUACUGCAGACAGCAUCACACAGACCUGGCUAGUGUGAUAGAUGCACAGGAAUAUUCUAUUUUACAACAAACAGUCACUUCUGAUUCUUGGGUUGGUCUGUUCAGAGACCUAUGGAAGUGGUCAGACCAGACCAACUUCUCUAACAUUAAUUGGGGGCAAGACCCAUGGAGUGUGGUGAUGACUGAUAAUUGUGGUAGUAUUAGUAAUGGCCUGGUUUAUCCUACACAAUGCUCUGAGAUAAUGCCUUUCUUCUGCCUCUCAGAUUUUACAAAAAAACAAAGCAUAAGAAUGAAGGUUAAAUCGGAUCAGGAUGUGAAUGAUCCUGCAGUAAAAGCAGCAAUCUUACAGAAGAUCAAACAAAAACUGACUGAGCAUGGGAUAACAGACAACAUCACACUGAAAUGGAGAGAGCAACCAGACGGCAUGGUCUUUCACAAGAUAAAAGUAAAUAAUGUUGAAGAAAAUAAGACCAGGGAAAACUGUGACCUCUAAAUCAGUUAAUUUAAGCAUUCUUUUCUUAAGAUAGAAAUUGAACACUUUUAAUGCCUUUUAGACUGUAUUGCAACAUUAAAUUAGAUUGAAAAUCAUCAUCAGCUUUAGUUAGAAGCAUUUUUAAUCAGAAGUUCUACAGUCCACAUGCUUUACAGAUGUCAGUAGAUUAUAAAAUUACAUUGUACAUGUCCUGUACCCUUACAAUAUACAGUCAUGGGGGAAAAUAAUGUACAGCCCCCUCCAUUGUUUUUUAUUUAUCAGGGCCUAAACAACAAUUCUGUGGUCCUCACCAACUUUUAUAAACAAACAAAUAACAUCAGGUGACAGCAAAAACACAACAGAUUUCAGUAUUCUUUUUUUCUAAAAAGUAAACCAACAUUCAGAGACCAGGUGGGCCAUAUUUUUUCUCCUAGCCACCUUUCCAUGAAAGGCAUACUUGUUAAUCUUUAUCUGAUUGUGUUGUCAUGAACAUAAAUAUUUUAUGUGCUUACAGAGGCCUGUAGCUCACUUGAUGUAGCUUUUGGAUUUUUCUUAAUAUAUCUCAAAGCAUUAAACGGUCUGGCCUUGGACUUAAUUUGCUGGGACCCCCACUCCUGGGAAGAUUGGCAACUGUCUUGUAGGCUCUCCAGUUGUAAACAAUCCUUCUCAGUGUAGAAUGGUGAAUUUCAAAUUGUUUGGAGAUGGCCUUAUAACCCUUUCUCAGAUAGACAAGCAGCAACAAUUCCUCCUCUAAGGUCAUGGAUGAUGUCUUUUCUACUUGACAUGAUGUAGACACACACCUGAAUGCUCCAGAACACCAAACCGCCUAUAUAAAAGUUCUGCUUUUAGAGAGACAGUUACACUUUGUGUUGAUUAACCAAUCUUGUGUAUUUAUUUAGUAACACCUGGCUGCUUAUUAUUCUCUUAAUGAUUGUGGAAGUAGGAAGGGGUACUUAUUUUUUCCCCAUCUGAUUUCUGAAUGUUGGUUUACAUUUUGGGGGAAAUGACUAUAUAUUGAAAUCUAGGGCUUAGAGGUUAGCAUGCUUGCCUUGCACCUCCAGGGUUGGGGGUUUGAUUCCCACCUUUGCCCUGUGUGCACAGAAUUUGCAUAUUCUUCCUGUGCUUUGGGGGUUUCCUCUGGGUAUUCCAGUUAACCCCAGUCCAAAGACAUGCGUUGUAGGCUGAUUGGCAUUUCCAAUCAGUGAUUAUGAUUUCUUUUCCCCAUGACUGUAUAAUAUUCUAAAAGAGGCUUAAUCAUUUAUACAAUGUGUAUACAUGAUUACAAAAUAUUUGUCAUUAUUUAUUAAUUAGAUAAUAUAUUUGUAACAGUAAAUGUAGAUAGAUAGAUAAAAGUUUAUAACCGAUGUCUAUAUAUGUAUGGAGUUAAAAUAUUUUUAAUAUAUGUGUAUAAGGUAUGAAUUCAAUUGUUAUACAUGUUUUUGCAGUACCUACAAUUAAAAUUGUUCAUGUGUAGGCCUAGUUAAUGUUUGUAUGUAUCAGUAAAUAUGAAUUUCAAUGCAAUAAAUAUUGC